CCGAUUUUUUGUCAGAGAAAAAACGCGCCGUUUAGUACACAAACAACAAAACAGUAAAGGAAGGAGCCGGGAGGAGAAAAGAAGGGGAAAGAAAACAGCAGCUUGAAGAGAAUGGCGACGUAUCGAUCGGUGUUCGACGCUGCGGAGCUUAGGGCCCAACUUAAUGAUGCCGGAAUCAACACUAAAUUCAUGGCUUCCAUUUGGAAGUAUGUGUUACAAAACCCUGGAUGCGAGCUGGGUGAAAUUCCCGAUCUGCCCUCCUCAGCUUACCGUCUUCUUCGCACGAAGUUCAAGCCCUUCACGUCCACCGUCCACUCCGUUUUCCACUCUACCGACGGCGUCACCACCAAGCUCCUCAUCAAACUCCAGAAUGGAGCUUUUGUAGAGGCAGUGAUUAUGACAUAUGAUACCCGUUUAGGUAAAUAUGGAGGAAAGCCUCGUCUUGGUGGUCCUAGGUCGACAUUAUGCAUAUCGUCUCAGGUUGGGUGCAAAAUGGGUUGCAAAUUUUGUGCAACUGGAACUAUGGGAUUUAAGAACAAUUUGACGUCCGGAGAAAUUGUGGAGCAAUUGGUUCAUGCUUCUCUUUUAACUAACAUACGCAACAUUGUUUUCAUGGGAAUGGGAGAACCACUGAAUAAUUAUACUGCCUUGGUGGAAGCUGUUCGUGUUAUGACAGGAUCACCGUUUCAGCUGUCACCAAAGAGAAUCACAGUAUCAACAGUUGGGAUUAUUCAUGCUAUCAACAAGCUUCAUAGCGAUUUACCGGGCUUGAACCUAGCAGUAUCAUUGCAUGCGCCAGUUCAAGAGAUCCGUUGUCAGAUAAUGCCUUCAGCAAGAGCUUUUCCUUUGGAAAAACUAAUGACAGCCCUGCAAACAUAUCAAAAGAACAGUCAGCAAAAAAUAUUCAUCGAGUACAUCAUGCUUGAUGGAAUGAACGAUGAAGAGCAGCAAGCACACCAGCUCGGCAAAUUGCUGGAAACUUUUCAAGUGGUUGUAAAUUUAAUACCAUUUAAUCCAAUUGGUAGCUCAAGUCAAUUCAGAACCAGCAGUGACCAGAAAGUAUCAGACUUCCAAAAAAUUCUUAGGGGUACUUAUAACAUCAGGACAACAGUUCGUAAGCAAAUGGGCCAGGAUAUAAGUGGCGCAUGUGGUCAGCUGGUCGUGAAUUUACCUGACAAGAGAACUCGUGAAAAUACAAGUCUCUUAACCGACAUCGAAGAUCUUCGCAUUUGAUGUGCAGAAUCCCUUUAAGGUGAGAUUCUUAAAAGUACGAAUACUUGAGAUUGGAUCUAUCAGGCAUUGUUCUUAAAUUCAUUAUGGUUUUCUUAACCUCUACCAAAAGGCGAGUUUAUCUAUCAUUCAUGUGAAGAUGACUCGGAAGUAGCCAUAUCAGAAUCUUUGCUACUGCAAAGUGUGGGUUAACUAAUGUCAAAGGUCUUCGAAUGUAUUUCAAUUACAAAUUUUAGAUGUGAAUCAAUUUUGGCUCUAGUUUUGUGUUCUCUGAGUCAAUUACUUGGUGACUUGGAAACUUUUGGAUAACAGCAUAUUAGAAGUCCUUUUUUUUUGGAGGCAUUAUCAUCUGAAAAUUAGAAAAUAUAUAUAUAUGAUGUUUUAUCGCUAA